CGGCAGUAGAAUUGCCUAAAUCAAUUAAAUUCUUGCAAGGUUUGAAUAAGUACGUGCGACACGGCACAAAUUUCGCUAAAUCAUGUCACAUUGUCCAGGAAAGAUUCGACAUAAGUUUAAACGACGCGCUUUUCAUGCACCGAAGUUAAUGCAUUUUAACAGUUUCACGCAACUCGUCGUAAUACAUUUACCAGCAACGAAAUAACAUAUGACAUUUCCAACAUAGUGUAUGUAUGUAUUUUGGUGCGGCAUUUGUAGAAAGUAUAGUAAUUUGCAACAACACGGGUAUAGCGGCCGGAGUAAUAACAACGUGCAUGUUGCCAGACGGCAAAUGAGGUAUUAAUUACUCAACUUAGUUUGACGGGAAUCAGCAUAUUAAUACCGGCAACCAUAAACCUAUAAUUAUAAUAUUAACAAAUUCGUGUUGUAUAAUGUGCACAGAUGGACUUCAUCAGGUCGUUUAAAGACUUUAAAACAGCAGAGUUCUAUAUAGAGAAGAGUUUUUUAAACUCUGCCCUAUGCAUGCACCUUCCAAAACUAGCGUAUAAGAAAAUUUGAAAAAUAUAGGGAGAGUUUUAUAAUUAUUUGAUGUAUGCAUGAUAUAUAGUUGAGUAAAGUGGAGUAGCAUGUAUGUAUGAUAUACUGUCAGAUAUAGUAUCACAUUGUAAUGGUUUUAGCCGUUCGGCAACGACGCAAAUCGUACUCGAAGACCAUGGCCGCGUGCGAGGCACUCUCCGUUUCAAUUAAAUUUACACACAAAGUAAAUUCUAAAGAAAAUGAGAGAGAAUCACAUGAAAAUUACAGUUCGAUUCCCGUUGAACUUCUUGUUCAAACAAUUCCUGUGUGAAUAACCCAUCGCCGUAUCAAACAUUCAAAGGAAAAUAUAUGAAAAACCUAGACAAUUGAGAACACUACAGCAUUGUCCUGAACACAUACAAAUGGAAAAUCUUGUCGAAUGGCUGUACGAAGAAGCAGCUCUUCGUUCCAGGGGCAAGCUUGAAUAUGAUAACGAGAGUGCAGAACAAAGUCGACGUGUGGGACCCUUCAGAAAGUUAGACACCCGUAACCUAGCUACUGAAAUUCCUAAAGAUGCAACCUGCCCCUUCGAUUGCCCAGAAGAACAUCUUCUUGCUGCCUGUCCAAUUUACAAGAAGCUAACGGUAAACCAACGUUGGGACAUUGUUCAGCAAAAUAAGAGAUGUCGCAAGUGCUUGAGAGCAUCGCACCAUACAAGAGAUUGUAAGAAGCCAGAUGGCACCUCCUGCGACAAGUGCAAAAAGAACCACCACAAGUCUUUGCACAAUGAAAGAAACAGUGUCCCACCUUUGGAUCCAAGUGCAGUACCAUUUUCCGUACAGGAACGAGCUAUCUCUCAGAACCAUAACAUUGAAGGGAUCAAGCAUGGGAUCGGUCUCUGCCCCAUUCAGAAAGUAAAAGUGAAGGAUGCCGAUGGAAAUUUCAUGGAAAUGCUAGCAUUGCUAGACACUGGAUCAAAUACCAGCCUACUCUCAAAGAAAGCGGCUAUGAAACUGGGAUUAACUGGAUCUCAAAUUCACCUCACCAUGAAUCUCGCUGGAGGGGAAAAACGUUCAGAAGAUUCUGAAAUUCUAGAAAUCGCCGUAGUCUCAUGUACCGAGGAAGAUAUCGAGAAAACUGUCCAAGUGUAUACGGUUAAAAAACCAUGUAACAGCGCUAAGACAGUGUCGAAAAACAGCCUAGAAAGUUACCCCCCCCUGAAGUCCAUCUCCGAAAAGCUACAUCUUUGCGGUGGUGCUGUAGAUCUCCUCAUCGGGACUGAUCUUGCUGAAGCCUUCGUCGAUGUUCACACAAUCUCUGGUCGAUGUGGGGAACCCAUUGCCAAGAGAAACUGCUUUGGAUGGUACAUUAUUGGCUAA